GGCAUGACUCUCAUCGAGAUGAAGUUACAAUGCACACCAAUUCUACGCGCUCAUCAUUGGAAGUUCCCGUCACCGAGAAUCCUUACAGGAAACAAUAUCAAGAACAGGUACACAUGCCAAAUGUGAUUCCGCAACCAGAGCAAUCGGCUUACAUCGAUUAUGCACAACCGCUGCCACCUGAAUAUCAACAAAUGCAACAUCCUGGGAUACCGCCCCAACAUCAACAAGGCUCCCCCGUCAUCUACCCUACGGGGAUGCCUGGACAACAGCAACCAUCUGGAGGUCCCGCACCCGGUGGCAUUAGUUUCCCCGAACCUCAUCGUUAUCAGUAG